GUCACGUUCAUCGAGGUGCGAUACAAUCGGGCAUCAUGGCUGCUGCAGGUUUACGUCUUUCUUAUCUUCCUCGCUCCCUCUCCGCGGUGUGCGCGUGGCCCCGUCUUCCCAGCAACUGGAGCCCCGCUCGCAGUUUCGGUAGCGGGGCCUCUGCCCGGGAGCAGUUCCUCUACACGAGGCCUGGACUCAAGUCUAAGAUCAUAGAUGGCAAGAGGAUAGCCGAGGCCGUGAAGGCUGAGGUUGCAGAUGAGGUAUCGGGGCUGGUGUCUGGAGGUAAGAGACCGCCUCAUCUGACGGCAGUCAUAGUGGGUGACGACAAGGCCUCACAGAUCUACGUGGGGAACAAGAUGAAGGCUGCAGAGAAGUGCGGGCUCAGGGCGACCAUCCUGAAGAGAGACAGUUCUCUGGAGCAGAAUGAGCUGCUGGAUAUCCUCCACCAGUUGGGCAGGGACGAACUGGUAGAUGGUAUUCUAGUACAAUUGCCACUACCUCCACAUAUUCACGAGAAGACUAUAUGUAAUGCAGUACCUCCUAAUAAAGAUGUGGACGCCUUUCACAUAGACAACAUUGGUCAUUUCUGUUCGGGAGACCCGCGAUUUGUUCCAGCCACACCACUGGGAGUACUGGAGAUCAUCAAGAGAUUGAGGGUUCCAACAUUUGGCAAGAACGUCUGCAUCGCCAACAGAUCCAAGAAUAUCGGAUUUACACUGGCCACUCUUCUCCAUAGCGAUGGAACUGGUGAUGCAACCACACUCAUAUGCCACAGGUACACGCCCCCAGAGCAGCUCCCAGUGAUGACGAGACUGGCUGACAUCAUCAUUGUUGCCACGGGUAUUCCGGGGCUGAUACAGGCUGACAUGGUGAAAGAUGGAGCCACUGUCAUCGACAUUGGGAUCACACGACUAGCCAACAAUAAAAUCGUCGGUGAUGUUGCCUUCGAUGAGGUGUGCCAGGUAGCAGGGAUGGUGACUCCCGUCCCUGGGGGGGUGGGGCCUCUCACUGUCGCCAUGGUGAUCAAGAACACUCUCAAAGCAGCAACACAGGACUUUACGUUUGACUUCACUAGUAUCCAUGACGACCAGUGACACCCCUCCCCAAGUGUGCUCUACUACCCAACACAUCAACUACAGAACUGUUCUAUUUUCGGCAUUGCUCAAUUGAAACACAACACUUUUCGUAGCUAAUUAUAAUUCCUUGUGAUAUUUUCACUGUAUCUUGUAAAAUCCAAAAAUUUGACAUUGACAUACAUAAUUUUGUGUGAUAUACAAAAUGGUAUAGAAUAUAAACCUAACCGAUUAUAAUAUAGAAAAGAAAUUACAAAAGGGUAUAACUACUACAUAUAGAUCACAUGAUAUCACAAUUUGUUGUCACUCAUAUAAUAUUCACUACAAAAAAUUUGAGAAUCACAAAAGAAGUUUGGAAUUUGUUCAGUAAUCAAAUGUUCAGUUGGCAAAGAUCUCUCCCAUCGGCAGCCAUAUGUUCUUCACCUCGGUUGCAUGGUAUAGAAAUUCCUCGCCCUGCAUUGGAAGAGAGAGGAGGGUUAGUGGUGGAGUUGCCGGCUCCAUUUCAUUCCACCUGUCCCUGUUCCAUGCUGAUCCAGUCUCGGGACAGCCCGUAGUUGACCCAUGACCUCUUCACGUUGCCACACGAGGCAGUCUCCACAAACUUGCAUCCCUCUGCACUACCGAAGUACCUGCACGGAAAUCAGCCAUCAAAACACACGGAGAACCAGCCAAUCAGCCACAGCAGCAGCGGACAUUCAAUCCAGACACCAAUGGGACAGUAUACAGUGUUCAUUAUUCAUGAGGCACACCCUCUCAUGGCCUCCACAUCCUGGU